ACUCCCUGCGCAGAAGCUUUGACUGGACGAAAUCUUCCCUUUGACGCAGAGUAAUACGGUAAAGAUAGGAGAUUACGGUACUAGCUGAGGGUAGCGCCUGUUACAUCAGCGGUAGCUGCAAAGUUCCUGCCUGCUUUGGGCUAGUAUCUCCCAGCUGAGUCUCACAGUAUUACAGAGGUUGGGGAGUUCUUGUAUGGGCAUCUUGCCUUCUUCCCUUCUUUCUUUUUCUCUUCCCUUCGUUCCUUCUUUUCUGUUUCUAGGGGAGCUGACCACAAGCCUGGAGCUCACAGGAGUGGACAGCUGAGUCUUCGCGUUCUGAGGAGCUGAGACUGUUGAGACGGACAGCAGGUUCUCUCUGCGACCAGAGGGAGGAGGUGGUGGCUGCGGCGGCUGGACUGGUCCAGGACCGGCACUGGCGGAGACUCUCCAGCUGGCUGCCUCGCACCAUGAGCGCCUGAUGCUGCGCCCCAGGACCGCAUACUAGGAGGCUUAAGGAACAGAGCCGAGCCGCGUACAGCCCCAGAAUCGCCGCGGCCUUCUCCAGGAUUUCAUAUCCACCUGCUCGUUCUACCCUUGGAUCGGGGACAUGCCAUGAGGCCAGCGUCCUAGGAGGGGCGGCGGGGGAUCGGAGGGGCUCCUCCUCCACCUCCUUUUCCCUCCAGAUGAGUCCAGGAGUCCUACUGUCUUUGGGGAGAAGGAGUCCGCAAGAACCGAAGAGUUGUACACAUCUCUUGACCUUGACCGAGGCUUUGGGAUCGUGAAAGGUCUAACCACUAGCUAAUGUGGAGGGGGUGUGGAGGUUCGAGGUAGAUACUGUUUGUUUGAUUUUUAAUCUUUUAUUUUAUGGGAUUUUGAAUCUUCACUCAGAGAGUUAGAAAGUGAAGCACACCAGAAUCUCCUUUAGUUUAAUUCUCCCCUCCCCCAGCCUCAUUCCCAAUUCCCAAUUUUGAAAUGCCUUCCGCAAGUUAAGGACUUCCUUCAGAAGAGGCAGUUCUCGGACUUGGAAGGUGCUGCGGCUGACAAGCUAGUUCCCCCGGCCCUCUUUGUCUUCAGCUGAGUGGGCCCAGGAGUGGAGGGGCCAGAGGCGGAGGGUCCUGAAAUUCUGACCAUGCCUUCCCGAACUGCCUUCUAUUUUCCUGUGCCGCGUGUGGGUUUCCAAGCUAAGUUUGGUUUGCUACUGACAGUCCAUCUCGUCAGCCUUCUCAACCAAGCCAAGCCCCUGCACUCCUAGGAGACUUAAUCUUCUGAUAUCCUCAUCAUCUGACUAAACUUCCCACUCCCCAGCGAACUGUUCCGUGACCCUUUAGAACAAGAUUCCGGAUUUUGCCCAGGUGGUGUCCCGGGGACCAUGGUGUUUCUCCCUGAGAAUGCCUCCGACAGCACCAACUGCACCCAUGCCCAGGAGCCAGUGAAUAUCUCCAAGGCCAUUCUGCUGGGUGUGAUCUUGGGAGGGCUCAUCCUUUUUGGGGUGCUGGGAAACAUCCUGGUGAUUCUCUCAGUAGCCUGCCACCGGCACCUGCAGUCUGUCACCCAUUACUACAUCGUCAACUUGGCUGUAGCUGACCUACUACUCACCUCCACAGUGCUGCCCUUCUCGGCCAUCUUGGAGAUCCUGGGCUACUGGGCCUUUGGCAGGAUUUUCUGCAACAUCUGGGCAGCUGUAGAUGUCCUGUGCUGCACUGCCUCUAUCAUGGGUCUGUGCAUCAUCUCCAUUGACAGGUACAUUGGAGUCAGCUACCCCUUACGUUACCCCACUAUUGUGACCCAGAAAAGAGGACUCUUGGCCUUGAUGUGUGUCUGGGCACUCUCCUUGACUAUCUCUAUCGGACCUCUCUUUGGCUGGAAAGAGCAGCCCCCAGAAGAUGAGACCAUUUGCCAGAUCACUGAAGAACCAGGCUACGUGCUCUUCUCAGCCCUGGGAUCCUUCUACAUCCCCUUGGCCAUCAUCCUGGUGAUGUAUUGCCGAGUGUAUGUGGUGGCCAAGAGGGAAAGCAAGGGCCUCAAGCAUGGCCUGAAGACAGACAAGUCAGACUCAGAGCAGGUGACACUCAGAAUCCAUCGAAAAAAUGCUCCCUCUGCCAGUAGCUCUGGAUCCAGCUCCAAGAACAAGACGCACUUCUCUGUAAGGCUUUUAAAGUUUUCCAGAGAGAAGAAAGCAGCAAAAACCCUGGGCAUCGUGGUGGGCUGCUUCAUCCUCUGCUGGCUCCCUUUCUUCCUUGUGAUGCCAAUUGGGUCUUUCUUCCCUGAAGCUAAGCCCUCGGAUACUGUUUUUAAAAUAGUCUUUUGGCUCGGAUACUUAAACAGCUGCAUCAACCCCAUCAUCUAUCCCUGUUCCAGUCAAGAGUUUAAAAAGGCAUUUCAGAAUGUCCUGAGAGUCCAGUGUCUCCGAAGAAAACAGUCCACAAAACAUACCAUUGGCUAUACCCUCAACCCACCCAGCCACGCCAUACAAGAGCACAAGGACUUGGACUUUUAACCCUGAAAACACCUUCAAACAGCUCCAGCCGGAGCCAUUGACGACACUCUAUUCAUCUGUUCCUUGCCCACAAACUUGGUCAUGGAGCAAGGCUGAUCUCAGCCUGCUUUGACUCCAACCAUCUUCAUAAACAAUGCUGGCCAUGAGCCCCAUGGCCCUCCAGAGCCUCUGCAAGAUAGGUGAGUGGAGAUCACAGUUUGCAUUUUUGCUGAUGGGGGUGGCAAGAGCCAAUGGCCACAGAGGGACCCAGUAACUGAGUUACAGUAACUUCCUACAGAGGACACUCAAGCUGUGUGCAAAUGCUCGGCUCACCUCGCUCCUCUUCAUGUUUCCAGGAGCCCACUCGGUAAGGGAUGGCCAUCAUACAAAAAGCCUUGUCUAUGCAACACAAGGAAGCUGUCCUACAAUAUUCUCCACCACUGAAGCAAAUUGGGUAUUAGAUAAAGUGGCCAGCAAAGAUGGCUUUUUGGUUUCCCCACACCUACCUCCAUCUGCCAGAAUUUGUUCAAAGUAGGACAGCUUGGUUAUUUUUUCUCUGCCUCUUAGAGCCAGGCCCAGUGGUGAGAUGAGUGGGAAAAACAAACAAUUCUUUCAUUAUAGCAUGGUCAGUCUUUCAGAUGCUCAUCUUGUGUAGUGUUGACAAGUAAUGGGAAUUGUUACUAGAACAGACAAAGAGCGAGGCACAUCUAACAGUAAUCUAAAAAAGAAAGAGUCCCAGACUAAGUGUAGACCGUAUCUGGGAAAUGAAACAAUGAUGAGUUCAUAAAUUUAGAGCCCAGCAGUCAUCUAGGCUCACAUCAUCAUUUAUAGUUAAGGAAACUUCACCUUAAAGGCGAAGGGACUUCCCCCUAGAUGGCCCAAGGCCAUACAUGUAGUAAGAGAUAGAACCAGGAUUUGAACCUAGACAGAGGUUCCACAGAUGGAUCAGAGGAAGGAAUGCUAGCUGGGAAGACAGCAUGUCAGGAUUCUACCCUCAGCUCAGCUACUUACUGUGUGGCUUUGGGCAAACUCUCCGAAGUUCAGUUUCAGUUCAGAUAAGGACAAUGCACUGGAGGACCACUAAGUUAUCUUCUAGCUCUAAAUCUAUGGGCUCGUUAUCUUAGGGUGCUGGAAUAUCAAUUAGCCAUUAAAAUUGUGCAAGUCAAUUACAGCAUAAAAACCCAGUACAAUUUAAUGCAAUACAAUACAAUGAACAAACUAGGUAAAUUUGGGUCUGUGAAAGUAGAGGAAAAGGCAGAAAUCUUUGUUGCCCUGAGCUCAUUAUUUUCAUGUAUUUCCUAGUUCAUAGGAAUACAGAUCUAGAGUUGUCAGGGACUUCACAGGCAGGCCAUGUAGCUGAUUUUUUGUCCUUUUACAAAUGAAGAAACUGAGGCAUUACGUGACUUGAGCAAGGUGUCCAUGGUAGAAGGGCAGUAGAAAUAGAGAUUCAUAGAAACACAACAUGUCAGAGCUUAGAAGGACCUCAGAUUUGGUACAAUAUAACCCCAUUUUAAAUAGGACAAAACUCAGGCCAAGAGAGGGGAAGAUCUUGGCCCUCUGGUUAGUGACUGAGCUAGAAGGUUGAAGGGUCAGUUCCUAUUUGUAGGCCAAUAUCCAUAUUUCUUUGGCUGUAAAACAACCCAUUUACUCUUCAGAAAUUCCCAGUUCUCCCCUACAUCUCCAAUAUUACUGCAUGCCAAACUGAUCUAUCACCACAUUCAGUGAUUGGGCACUCUUUGAGCACACUUCUUUAUAGCCUCACAGAAUCUUCUCCUGUUCUGCCCUGCCUUCCCUUUUGCUCUAUUUCCUCCUCUUUACUUCCAUCAAAAUAGCUAAUUUCUCUGGUAUAUUAGCACAAUCACCUUCAUAACCAUUCUUUUAUUCAUUAAGUUUUAUUAAUUGCCUACUAGAGGCAAAGCUUUGUGAUAAGCACUGAGGGUGGCAAGGCAAAGAAACCAACCUGAAACACAAUCAUUUGAUUGUUGUCUUCCCCAUUAGGAUGUGGGCUCCUGGAGGAUAGGGACCUUCCUGUUUUUGCCUUUCUUAAUCAGUGGCUUGCCCAGAGUAAGUGCUUAAUAAAUGCUUGUUGAUUGACUGAAACACUCCUACUAUGGCAUUCUACUAUGGCAUGGAAAUGGCCCUGCUGCAACAUAUGGACAGAGAAGAAAAUAUAAGGCAUUUGAAGAAGAGAACAUCAGGAGGAAUUGUUCUGGGAAGGCUUCGGGGAUACCCUAGAUGAGCCUAGAAGACAGUUAUUGAUUCUAAGAGGCAGAGAUGAAGAGGGCAAACUAGUCCAGCCAUGGGGAAUCCCCAGAGGCAAGUUCAAGGAACAGCCAGCACCCCAAUUUUACUAGGACAUGAAGGAGAGACAUGGGAGGUAAACCUGAGAACACGGGAUAAAAUCUGAUUAUAAUAAGUUUGGAAUGUCAAGCUAAGGAAUUCAUAUUUAUGCCAUAAACUAAGGAGAGUCAUGUAAAGUUUUUGACCCAGAAAGUGAUAAGAUCAAUCAUGUACAUUAGGAAAAUUAUUUUAAACAUCAUGCAAAGGAUAAGGGCAUGGAGACACUGUAGAAAGAGGGUUAAGUUUCUAGUCCAGAAAAAAAAAAUGAGUGUUAUAGUAGAGUGGUGGCAUCAGGAGUGGAGAGGAGGGGAUUGGAGAUACAGCUUAAAGAUGACUUUGUGACUGAUCAGGCAGAGACAGGGGAGCAGUGGUGGUGAGGGAUCAGAAAGAACCAAAAUAUUUAUUUCAACUAUAAUGUAUCCAUCUAAGUCCCAGAAUCACUGAAUUUUGAGGUUAGAAAAUACUUCAAUGGCCACCAAGUCCAAUCCAUACCUGAAAAAGAAUGCCUGACAGAUAGCCAUCCAGCCCUUGCUCUAAGACUUCCAGGGAGGAAGAACAUACUACACACACACACACACAGAGAGAGAGAGAGAGAGAGAGAGAGAGAGAGUGAGACGGAGAGAGAGAGAGAGAGAGAGAGAGAGAGAGAGAGAGAGAGAGAGGCGUAUCACUUUUAGAAAUCUCUGAUUUUCCUCAUAUCAAACUAAGUUCUUCCUCUCUGCAGCUUCUCCUCACUGCUCCUAUUUCUGCCCUCUGGAGCCAAGCAAAGUCUAAUCCUUCUGAAACUUAACAGUUCUUAAAAUACUUGAAGACAGUUGUCAGGUCUUCUCUUCUCAAUCUAAGCAUCCCCAGUUCCUUCAAGUGAUGCUCAUGUGGCUUGGACCCUGGAUCCUUCACCAUCUAGAUUUCCUUCCUCUGGAGGCUCUCUAGCUAAUCAGAGUCAAAUCAACACAAGCUAACAGAGAACAGUCUUAUAGGCUACAUGUGUUAAGACCACAGGUCUAACCUUGGGUUUCUCCAUUUGAUUUCUAGAUCAUAAAAUCAUAGGAUCAUUGAUUUGCAGAUAAAGGGGAUCAUAGGGGCCAUCAAGUGCAACUCUUUCAUUUUACAGAUGAGAAAACUGAGGCACAGAGAGGUCAUAUGGUCACUGGGGUCACGCACUUAUUAUGUAUCUGAGACAGGAUCUAUAGGACCAUAGAUCUAGAACUAGAAGACAUUUAGAACUUUAAGACCAUAGAAGACGUCAAGCUAAACCCCACCUUUUAUAGAUGAGAAAUCUAAGACACAGAGAGUAACUUGUCCAGGACCACACAACCAGUUAAUGUCUGAGGCAAGAUUUGAAUUCAAGUCAUCUUGACUCCAGGUCCAGCACUCUCUUCACUAUACUACUUGGCUCCAGAAUUUAUACAAGCAAUGGUAUGAUGUGAGGAUGGUUAUACCCCAAGCUUUAGCCCAUCAUGACCAGUCUGACUAUGGCCAUUCCGUCACAUUCCUAGACUAUUUUACCUUAUUGUCAUAACCCUUUCCAUAUAGUCUGUUCCUAGCUGCGGGUCUUAAACUUGGUUUAAGUGGCCCUAAGUAAAUUUUGGAUAUGGAGUUCAUGUUCUAAUUCAGCUUUGCCUGAACAUAUUCUAUCCCUAUCAAUCAUUUUGGGGGUUUCUAGGAAGAAAGCUGCUGUGGGAUUUUAUUGAGAAUGUUUGGCACAAAUGAAAAAUAAGAAAAUUCAACUUUUUGGUAAUCAUAGAAAUAAGAGUACAAGCUGGGGAGCCCAAAGACUUUGGCAAGGUCAUUUCGCCCUCUCUAAGUCUUAGUUUCUUUGUCUAUAAAAUGAGGAUAUUGGACUACAUAAUCUAUAAAGUCCCCCCAGCUCUAAAUCUAUGAUCUGUAAUUAAUUAUGAAUGUUAAUAAUAUAGAAACAUAUAAAGUGAAAUAUGACUGUAUCCUCUUAUGAAUGUAAGCCCCUCAUGAGUAAGGGUUGCUUCAUUCUUUGUAUUUGUAUCCUCAGGAUUCCAGUGCCUUGCAUAUGAUAGGUACUUGAUAAAUGAAUACUGAUGAAUUGCUUGAUUUUGGACCUGAAUGAAUAUAGAUUUACCUUACCUUAAGAAAAACCAGUAUACCCAGAUUUGAACCGAAAAACACAGAUGAAUCAGAGAGUGGGAGAUUUUAUGUAAUUCUUCUGAAAUCAUGGUCUUCUAUUAUUUGUAGCCAUACGACAUCUCCAAAACUAUCUUGGCAUUAAAACAUAAAACUUUUGCUUAUCAUUGAAAGCCCUGCACAGUUUCCCAAGUUCUCCUCUGUACUUCUGUUGUGGGCCCACAUCAUCAUCCACCUGAAAUGACCAGCCAACAUAGAUCACUAAUGUACUGACUCAGUGGGUUGCCCAUCCAAUGGGAUGUUGUAAUCUGGCCAAUUUUUCAUCCACUUUGUUUUUUCCAUUAUAAAUGACGGGGCUGGUCUAUAUCAUGUGAAUAUGAAUUGCCUACUUCAGAAAAGGAUUCUUCAGUUUCUAUAAAGGGACAAAUAUUUGCUCCACUUAGAUUCCCUCUAGUUUAGCUCAUGGUAAACGAAAGUAUAAUUUGGUACCUUGUGGUGAACUUAAGCAUAAAGUGUAAAUUUUGAGAGUAGUUUAUUUCCUCAACCUCUCAAAAAAAGUGACAAGGAAUCCUUUUACAGAGAUAUUUUUAUUUUUCCUAGACCUGUAAUUUCAUUGGUAUAUCAUAAGGAAACUUACUCUCCCAAAGCUGAUUGGCACCCCUACUGCAACUAUAGUUCAGUUGUCUGGGACACUGUGAGGUUAAGCAGAGGCAGAGCUUUACAAGAAAAUGCCUAUUACAUAAAGUCAGGUAUAACUUGUGGGCUCUGAGAUUCAGAUUGAGAAGAGAUAUCAGAGGUUAUCCUGUCCAACUUCCUCAUUUUACAUCUGAUGAAUUGAAGCUUAGAAAGAUCAAGUAACUUUCCUAAAAUCGCACAGCUAUCAUCUCAGAAUAAAGGCAACCCACUUCCUCUAUCAUGGGGGAAAAAAGACAGAAAUCUCAUCUGGUGCUAAUUGAUUUCUCAAGCUCAUGUCAAGAACAUAUCCCUAUGAAAUUGGGUUCGUUCAUUUGUCAAUUUUGAGCAAAAGGGAUUCAGUGAUAUUAUUUUUUCAGCAAAACUAGUUUAUUUGCUGUUCCCAAUAUAUGAUGUUUCAUUUCCUUCCUCUGGGUCUUUGUAUCAGCCAUUUCCCCAUGCCUGGAAUGCCCUCUCUCUUGACCUAUGCUUCUUGGGGCUAAUAGUUCACAGCAAGGCUCAUAUUGCGCCUUUCCCAGCCUCUUCAGUUGUACUAAACUUGUGGUUAUAUUGAAUUGAUUUAUCUUUAUGCUUCUUGUCUUCACCCAGUAUGAUGUAAGCUCCUUGAGGGCAGGGACUAUUUCAUUUUUGCCUUUGUUACCUCCAGAGUCUAGUACAGUGUCUCAUACAUGGUAGAUGUUUAAUUGAAUUAUGUAUUGAAUUUAACUGAAUCUAAACUCUGUAUCUCCCCUAGUCCUAGGACAGUGUUCUGCACGCACUCAGUAGGUGCUUAAAAUGCUUGUUAAGCAAAUUGGAUCAAGAGAUGCAAUGUGGUAGGGUAAAAAGAGGGGUUUCUUGGCUUGGCUGAUCACUAAUUCUGUGACCGGAGGCUCUGUCAACCUCAAGGAGCCUUGUUCUGCUCAACUCUAAAAUGAGGGGGUUUGGCUCAAUGUACUCUGUGGUCCCUUCCAGCUCUGAGUCUACAUGCCAUCUGACUUUCAAGUGAAGGCUCUCUUUUUAAAAGAAACUUUGCUUUGGGUCCCAUCCCAUGUCCAUUGUCCUGAUCUGCCUUCUGGCCCAUGUCUAAGUGAAUGAAUUAAUGAGCACUUGCAAAAACAAACAUGCAAAAGCCAAGAACAGGUUUCAGGAUCCAAUUGUUCACAUUCUUGGAGACCCAACUCAGUGUAACAAUCUCUCUCUGUGUUGUGUUCUCAUGGUUACACCACUUUCCUUCCCACCACCCAGAUUCUAACUUUCUAACUACCAUGUUCCUCAAUACCCCUCCACUGCCACAUCACCAAAGAAAGAAAGAACAAAAUUCACAGAUACAGAAAAUGCAACCACAGAAACCCCAGUCCCUGUCAAGGAAAACUGUCAUGACAGAAGGCUCUCUCUGCAUCCCAGGACUUGGCACAGUAAACUAGUUCUAUCACUAGUUCUACCCCUAAGCCCACACAUCUCUCCCUUCUUUUCCCCUUUACCUUUUACCCAAGGCUGAACCUUUAAAGGGCCAGUGGAUGAAAAACCUGGGCCCCUCUAGUUUAUGCCACUGGAAAAACUGGGCCUCAGAACCCUUUCUUUUUCAUUUGUCUUUAGACAGAAAAAAAAGGAAUUCAGUUUUUUUUGCUGAUCACUCAUCAUGUAAAUAAAACUUUCACUGUGUGUGAGGCAACUAAUCCAUAGCUGUGAGCAAAGGCUUUGUAAGGCAUUAACAAUCCAGUGUUGUCUAAAAUGCAGUGUUAUUUUUUUAAACUACAGUAAGUGAGAAGGGCUUUCCAAAAGAGAGAAAUGGGUGGUGUGUUUUUAAAUCAAUUUUUUUAAAUGCUGGCUGUGGUAACAAUUAAAUCUCUAUGUUUCUCAAGAAGUGCUUAAACUUUGGCACUGAAAGUUGAAUGAUGUUCAGCCUGUUAUGUCAAGAGGGUUUACCAAGGUGAGAACGAUGGCUUAUGAGGUGGGAAAGCAGUCACAAGUCCUGUGUAAUACUUCAAAAGAAAUGCUUAGUGAAAGGUUUUUAGUAUUAUCAGCUAGCAACUGAACUGAUAGGCUUUUGCUUACUCUUCCUGGCAUGAUAUGUGGUCCACCCCGAGUAAAGAUUCAUUAUAUCCCUGUGACAUUAAGGCUCUGGUUCAAUAGCAUGCCACAGUCCUCCUUGAAGCAUGAAUCUGAGCACAUGUCCCAGCUGGCUGCCUCUCUUCUGCUUCUUUUCUAAUAAAAGUUACCCAGGAUACGAGCUCCAUGUCAUAAUCAGAAUAAAUAGGUGAGGAGUGGGGCUGCCCACCAGAUAGAGUGGUUUCCCACACAACCCUUAACAUGAAUGAGCUAAAUGAGCCCCACCACCACUGACAUCACCCCCAUUCUCUGUGAAAUUUCCACCAACAUACCAGCCAUAUGUGAUUCAACCUGGCCCUCUUUAGCUUUGGGUAUUUGAUCACCUCUGUACAUGAUAUCUUGAGUGGAUGGUACCUUUUGAUCUUUAUAUUUUGUGAAAUAUAUAUAUAUAUGUAUAUCUUUCCUAAUAUUGUGGCAAUGUGGGUUGUGUUGUAUUUGCUGUCACAGACAGAAUGCUCAUGUGCCUGAUAGGUCUGUCCAUGAGCUUGACUUGCAUCCUGCCUUGCAAAAACGUCUGUAUACUUGAAUCAGCUGCAGUAUUUUGCAUUGACACCCAAGCUGAAAAUGGCUUCUAAGACAUUUUACUCUCAUGGAAUGGACUAUCUUUGAACUAUGCUGUUUCUGAAUUUUCCACGUGCCAUUUUUAUAAACUCAUUUCUUUAAUACAUUGAAAAAAUCAUGCUGGUCAUUUUUCUUGAAUUAAAUGAAUGUAUAGAUUAAUUAAUAAGCAGACAAAUAAAUUAUUGGGGGGAGAUGUACUUUGUGGACCAUGCAAUUCAUUCAUGUUUUAAGGGAGUUGUUCUAUUUGUUUCAACAAUGUAGUUCAAAUGAUAAGCAUUUACACUCCUAUAAAUACAGGCAAUAUAUUUAUGUCUUGUUCAAUAUUGAAAUGUGUCCUCUAAUAAAAUAUUUUAAAUGUCUU